AUGGGCCGCAGGCUUGGUCUUCUUCGAGCCGCAUACCUGGUUUCGGCCAGCUGUAUGGGCUCUUUUGCAUUUGCAUUCGACACUGGUGUCAUCAGUAGAUCCGUUUAUGUUCCAGGUGGGGUUCUUUCGUUGAGCUCAUUUCAGAAGGAUUUUGGAUACAGUCACUACACCAGCUCACAGAAAACAACUGUUAACUCGAAUGCCGUCUCCAUCCUUCAAGGUGGUGCCUUCUUUGGAUGUUUCCUGAUCUCUCCCAUCGCAAAAUAUCAUGGUCGUCGCACUAGCCUUAUCAUCAGUUCUCUGGUUUUCACAUUGGGCACAAUCUUACAGAUCAUCAAUUCGCACACUCUUGGAACUUUCUAUGCUGGACGCGUGAUUGCCGGGCUCGGGAUUGGUGCGGCCACUGUUCUUAUUCCGAUGUUCGCGGCCGAGAUGUCUCCCAAGGAAUUUCGUGGUCGUUUGGGUGCUUGCUUCCAGCUGUUCUUUGCAAUCGGUGUUAUGAUCGCUUACUGGACUACAUAUGCUGUUAGUAAGGAUCAGAAGGUCGGUACAAAUCAGUGGCAGACUGCUCUUGGACUACAACUUUUGGGUUCAACGCUGCUUCUCGUUGGUAUGUGUACAGUGCAAGAAAGUGCACGUUGGCUUGCCUCGAAAGGUAGACUGGAAAAGGCACGCGAGUCUUUGAAGUGGGUUCGUGGUGGUGAGGAGACUGAGGAGCUAGAUCAAGAGUUCCAGGAAAUUCUGGCUGGUCUUGAGGAGGAAGCUCGAAUCAAGGAGAACCUUACAUUCAAGGAACUAUUCCUCCCUGCUAACCGAUACCGACUUUUCAUUGCAGUCACCAUUCAACUUUGUGCACAGCUUACUGGUAACACCUCCCUCGCAUACUACGCCACGCAAAUCUUUGCAGCAGUUGGUGCCGGCAGUUCCGCAAAACUCGUUACCGGAUUCUUUGGUUUAGUCAAGGUAAUCGGUGUCAGCACAUUCCAGCUCUUUGUUCUGGACCGUGUUGGUCGUCGGAUCCCAUUCAUGGCCGGGGCACUUGCUAUGGGAUCUUUCAUGCUGAUCAUAGCAUGUAUUCUGGCUACUCAUCCAGCCAACUCCAACAGUACUUCCUCGGGUCCUACGGCGGCUGGCAUUGCUUGUAUUAUCAUGACUUAUGCUGAAGCCUUCAGCUACAAUAUGUCGUGGGGUCCGCUGCCUUGGCUUUACGUUGGAGAGAUUUUCUCCAGUCGCACUCGAGAAGUUGGUCUUACAGUUGGUGCAGCCUCGCAGUGGCUGUUCAACUUCAUGAUGUCUCAGGUCACCCCACAUGCAGUUACUAAUAUCAAGUGGCGAAUGUUUUUGAUGUUUGCUAUCUUCAAUUACGCAAUCGUGGGGUAUGCCUGGCUCGUUAUCAAAGAGGAAAUGCAAGAGGUCUUCGGUGGGCAAAAGACCUUUGCCAAGCAUGUUGAUGAUGUGGAGCUCUAUGAGCACGCAGGCAUCCAGGGAACUCCUGAGCCGGCGCGAUCCACACAUGAGGCGACCAUCAAGGAGUGA